AGUUUCAGGAAUCCUUAUUGUUUCGUUAAAUGUAGUUUGUUCGGAAUAAACGAUGCAUACUCGAAGUAGGCGCGUGUCUCGCUGCUUAUUUGGCAAGCCAGAUCAUGAAGAGCUGGAAAAAUGGCUAACAAAAGAACUUGAAGCUAUUCAAAUAGAACGGGAGAAAGGGUAUGGCUUCGAUUUUAAAAACGAUCAGCCUAUUCCAAGCACUGCAUAUGUCGUCGAAGCAGUUCCUGAAAACAAGGUACCACUUUUCUACCGAACAACUUAUUAUCCAUCGAAAGAACGUAGUAAGAAACUAAUGUUUUCUGUCGAUUGCACGGAGCAGAAAAUUGAGGCAAAUGGCGAUGUGGUCGCUUAUCAUACGCGAAGUCGUGAUGCAGCUGCUGCAAAAUUGAACUUGACUGUUCCGAAGCUUUCGAAAGGUCGUGUCAAAGUCGCUUCGCAGUCUCGAGGUAGUACCAAAAUCCAGCGACCACAAAUAAUAAAAACACGUGGUGUUCGCAAGAUUUCACGAAAAUCUGCUUUACGAAAAAAAUCGAUGAAGCAAUCUCUAUUGACCAAUUACUUACCAGUUGUGAGGAAACGGCGUUCGCUUACUCGAUCGGAAUGUAGUGAGUCGUCGAAGUUGCUUGAUGAUGUUCAUGUAGAAAUGGAUUGUUUGGGCACCAAAGCGCUCAACUCCAGCAAUUCUGGUGUUAAAACUCGUUGGCAGAGUCGAAGAUGUGAAGAUCCAUCCUCGAGAAGCCUACGCUCUGCAUUUUAAUGGACAUUUCGAAUCAGUGAUGAUAUUUUUCAUGGGUAGAAAGAGAGUGAGUCCGAAUUCACUUAUUAAUUACUGUCCUACAACUGAAUAUUGUGCAUGAAGUGCCUGUAUAUAGUUUUCAUUUUUGUCUGGAACAAGA